CGUGUGGGAUAAUUAGCGACGUCAGUUCGUUUUCGACGAAUUCCCAUGUUUCUCACAGUUUUCCGUAGGAUGAAACUCCUCACCCACAACAUGUUGACCUCACACGUCAAAGGCGUGACGAAUGGGUAUCCAUUGAACAUAGAAGCCAAGGACGUACGAGUUCAAGAAGUGGAUUUUAACCCCGAGUUCAUCGCCAGAAUGAUCCCAAAGAUGGAGUAUGAAGUCUUGGUUCAGGCAGCUCAGAGUGUCGGUCACCUUGGAAACCUGCCACCUGAACUAGUUACAGACUAUGAGAACAAUGACGAGUUUUUAAAAGAAGCCCACAGAGUUAUGAUGAUGGUGGAAGUAGUGGAAGGAAGUCUGGUGUGUCCUGAAAGUGGGAGGAAAUUUCCUAUUUCAAAUGGGAUCCCGAACAUGUUGCUGAAUGAAGAUGAGGUGUAGUGGAUAGGUUGCCAUGGAACCGAAACCGGAACAGCAGUCUUCGCAUGCCUGUUAUUUUGGGCAGGAACAAAUGUUUUAAGGUGGAAGCAUUGUAUGCAUGAGCCUUGUAUAUAAAAUAUGAUCAACUUGUACCAAAACACUUUUUUGCUUUUUUCACCAAAUGAGCAAAUUUUUUCUCUUUCAAAAAUAUCUGGCAGUUUUGAGCAUUGUCUGCACAAAUUUGCAUUAUUAGGUAGUUACUGUUCAUCAAUGCAUUACUCAAAGUGUCUGCUUUCAAAGUAUUUUGAUGCACAUGGCUUUCUUGCAUGACGUACCCGGUAAAACAGAAAUAUUGAAUUCUGAUCUGUCAGUGACGCAUUAAAAAAAUAAUGGCCGCGAUAUUGAUGAAGUGAGCAUUAUAUUAAUAACUGUUCUUGAUUUUGUAAUAAUUACCGUUACAAUAUGACCUCAAUUUAUGGAUUUACAUACAAGAGGAGCAGCUUUUAAGUUGCAU